AAAUGCGCGAAUAUUCAGAUAUUCUUACGUUCGUACAAGUAUGAUACAAAGAUCCGUGUUGUUCAUAUGCAGUGCUAUAACCGGCACCGUAGUAUUUCCGCGAGAAAUGCCGAAAGACGUUCUGCGGAUGCCUGCGCUUUCGCUGUAACCGUCUCCGUAGAAACGCGGCUUGUAGUCUUUUGUGACAUUGUUGUCGCCGCUAUCCCACGUGUUGCAGAAGAGACAAAUACAUUGCAGACUCCCGCCACCGAGCGAGCCGCAUCGACAGCUUGAAGUCAUCGCUGUCACUGCACGCUAUUGCGAUUCUGUAGUCUUUACAGUUCACAUCUCCCAUUCCGUCCAAAGGCUAUACAAUGAGUGAAUACUUCUCGCUGUCGGAGUGUGAUGUAAUUGGCUUUGAUUUGGACCACACGCUCUGUCGAUACAAUUUGAAGGAGACCUCCAGGCUGAUCUAUGAGAGUUUUGCACGGUAUCUGGUGGAACACAAGGGCUAUGAUAAAGAUCUGCUUCUUUUAACACCCGCUACUUGGGACUUCUGUUUUAAAGGUCUUGUGGUGGACCUUGAGGAGGGCAACCUGAUCAAGUUGGCAGAGGACGGUACUGUCUUGCGAGCAACUCAUGGCACUAAAAAUCUUAGUACUGAUGACAUCAUAAAGCAUUACGGUCCAAAAAGAGAAUGGAAGCAUUUUAAUAGCCUCAAUACCUCGUAUACACGAUCUGCAAAAUACUAUUUUUAUGACAACUAUUUUGACCUCCCUGGUGCUCUUCUCUGUGCCAGAGUGGUGGAUAUGUUGAAUAAGCGUGGAGCUGAAAUCACAUCUGACAUUUGGAAAGACAUUGUUGCUGCCAUUGACCAUAAUUACAACACAUCUGCAUUUCGGGAGGACACUGGGACGUAUUUCCCCAGUGUGAAGUGCUGUCCUGGCAGUUACCUGCAGCCCUGCUCAGAUGCGGUGAAGAGCUGGUUGAGGAGCAUGAAGAACAGCGGGAAAAUCCUGCUGCUCAUCACCAGCUCACACUCGGACUACUGCCGCCUCGUGUGCGAGCACAUACUCGGAAUGGACUUUGAGGAGCUGUUUGACAUCAUUAUCACUAAUGCUCUGAAGCCUGGAUUCUUCUCUUUGGUUCCACAGCAGAGACCUUUCAGAACUCUGGUGAAUGAUGUUGAAGAUAGUGAAGGGCUGCCGUCUCUGGAAAAGCCUGGUUGGUAUUCUCAGGGCAACUGGCCUCAUCUACACGAACUACUGAAGACCAUGACCAACAAAUCAGAGCCCAAGGCUCCUUCAUCCCCUCGGCUCCACCUCAGUCAUCUGUCGCUCCGGAUCCACCGCGGCCUCCCGUAUCCACAUCUCCGCAUCGGUCGCCGGCGCCAUCUGCUCUGCCUAGGACCUCCGAAUCCUCCCCAUCGCCCUGGCUCCUUCAUCCCCUCGGCUCCACCUCAGUCAUCUGUCGCUCCGGAUCCACCGCGGCCUCCCGUAUCCACAUCUCCGCAUCGGUCGCCGGCGCCAUCUGCACUGCCUAGGACCUCCGAAUCCUCCCCAUUGCCCUGGCUCAUCGACUCUCCGUCGCCGCCUCGGGCUCCUCCACCACCUGCUCUGCCGCUUAGUCAUAAAUAUAGCCUUGCUGACAGCACUCCGACAUAUGGCGACUCACCGUCUCUUAACAGUAAGGAUCAAGGAAUGAAAUCUCCUUCAGCUGUAUCAAACCAGUGGGGCUCAUAUUUUGUGGACAUGCAAAAGAAUGAAGGAGAGGAGACACGGAGACUCACCUGGUGUUGCCACAGUAUCCACACAUACAGCACCAUGGCUAUACCCAGCAUUGAGGCUAUAGCAGAUCUUCCUCUAGACUUCAAGUUCCAGAGAUUCUCUUCAGAUAAGCCCAUCACGACAGGUUAUUACCCCAGACCUCCAGACUCACUGCUGAAAUGGGAAGAAAACUAGCCCCAAACCCUCACGCCUGUCAGCAUAAGCCAGGAGAUUGUUUCACCAUUACGUUCUGGAGCUUCACCACAGAGCUAGACCAGCCAUUCGUCCAAUCAAUGAUAAAGCUGUGUGAAUGUAACACCCAGAGCACCCAGAGUCUGUGUAUUUUCUUCUCACCCCUUCCUGAAUCACUACAGUAUACACAGUAUGAAGUUGUGUCUGUACACGUGCUGAAAUAUCUGUACAUUGAUCAUUGGAUGUAGGAGGAAGUCACAGUGUAUUGUGUCUCACCCAGCGUCGUGCACUCACUACCAUUAAACUACUUUUAAUGGUGUACAGAG